UCCAGACCGCGCCCGAGGAGGGGUGCAGCGGCCUUCCCAGUCGGCGGGCAGCUGCGGAGGGGUGUGGAGGCCGCGGCUGUGAAGGCGCCGCCGCGGUUCUGGGGCUCAGGAGGCCGGGAAGCGGCGGGAUGGCUGCGGCCGGCGGCGGGGCGAGCUUACUCGUUCAAGGUGGUGCUGCUCGGGAAGGCUGCGUGGGGAAGACGUCGCUGGUGCUGCACUACUGCGAGAACAAGUUCAACGACAAGCACAUCACCACUCUGCAGGCAUCUUUCUUAACAAAGAAGUUAAAUAUCGAUGGGAAAAGAGUAAACCUUGCCAUAUGGGAUACAGCAGGUCAAGAGAGAUUCCAUGCAUUGGGUCCAAUUUACUACAGAGAUUCAAAUGGAGCUAUUUUAGUUUAUGAUAUAACAGAUGAAGAUUCUUUUCAGAAGGUAAAAAACUGGGUCAAAGAAUUACGAAAAAUGUUGGGAAAUGAAAUCUGUUUAUGUAUAGUUGGUAAUAAAAUAGAUUUGGAAAAGGAGAGACAUGUGUCCAUUCAAGAAGCGGAAUCGUAUGCAGAAUCUGUGGGAGCAAAGCAUUAUCAUACCUCAGCCAAACAGAACAAAGGAAUUGAGGAACUUUUUCUUGACCUUUGUAAAAGGAUGAUAGAAACAGCACAAAUGGAUGAGAGGGCAAAAGGCAACGGCUCUAGUCAACCAGGAGCUGCAAGACGCAGUAUACAGAUUAUAGAUGAUGAACCUCCAGCUCAGAGUGGUGGUGGAGGGUGUUGUUCUUCUGGAUAACUGUUCACACCUAAGAAAUUGAAAAA